CUUGCAGCUCGAGUUUCCAAGAAGAUCGUUUGCAUGGCACCGAUAGCCGCGAGGACCAAGCGCACCUCGGGACAAAGAUGCAGAGGUAAGAGCUGGACUCGAUAAAAAUUUUUCGCGGGUGAUUUCAUCAUCCAGCGUUCCGGGGCGACACGUGCCGCACAUGCAGGUACGGUCGCCGACCGCUCCUGGCUUUCACUCCCUUUAAAAGCUGUGUGGCGACGUCGAGGGGGGCAUUUGAAUAUACUUUCUGCCCGACAUCAUGGAUCCGCGACUGGGCACGGAGCAGGACGUGGUGGAGGGGAUCGUGGAUGAGAAGCAUGUGGACCGCAUUUUGCAGAAGGACGCGCUGUAUGCAUCGCAAAAGUGUCGUGCACGUACUAGUAUGUAUGAAUUGCAUCACAAAUUAGCUCAGCAUGAGAAAUGUAAUGCGGAUUUUCCUUAAGAUCGAGAUUUGUUAUGCAUGACUGCGAUUAAUAGUACGAGUACGAUAGUUUUGCAGUGCAUACGCUGGAGCGCAUCGUCCACGACCUCACGAAGCAGGGCCAGCUCGUCAACGCCUUGGUGCAAAAAAAGGGGAAGGAAGUGCUGGAAACGCAGGAGGAUCUGCAGCGCGUUACGCUCGACCUCGCGUCCACCGAGGGCCGGCUGGCGGAGUUGAAGGAAAACGCGUCCGCGGGGCUGUCCGACGAGGCACUCUUUCAGUGCCACUCCGGCUGCAACAACGUGCUGGUGCAGUUUCUCGUGCAGAAAGGGACAGGGUCGGCGGGUCGUGGAGGUGGUGGAGCCGGAAAUGCUUCAACCGCUUCGUCCCCGACCAACGUCGCAAAGAACGAGAUGAAGGUGGAGGUCGUGUACCACGUGAAGUCCGUUACGGGGAAGCCGGUCGUCGAGGGGAGCGGGAGCUUGCUCGCGGUGUUCAUGGUGCAGGUGGAUGCCAAGAUUCUCAGCCUGCAGCAGCAGGCCGCGAAGUACUGGGGGCUGGAGCAGGAGAUCGUGUUUUUCCUCGACCGCGAGGGCCAGCUGGUACCGGACAGCAUGACGCUGGGGGAGAUCAUCCUGCCCGCGGGCAGUGACUACGUGGUCUCAAACCAGUACUACCGGUUCACCCUGGUGAAGGCGACCACGGAAUUGGUCGUGGUGGACACGCUGGCGCCCAAGGGGCAAAAAUGGCGGGACUUCUCCUUCAACCACCCGUUUUUGAAGCAGCAGCUGGCGCUGCACCGGAAGCUGCGCGGCCAGAUGGAAAUUGACUUGGAUCCGGUCGACCCGUCGAAAAUCCCCACCCUGCAGGAACUGAUCGAGCGCGGGCGGAUCAAGCGACAGAAGGCGGUGUUCGACUUGCAGUGCCGGUUCGUGGAGUGCCUGCUGUUUCUGCUCUUCGUCGUCAUGCUCUACUUGUUUCUCGACGCGGACCGCAGCGCGGCGUUUAAUCUCCGGCAGGUGCAGCUGAACUUGCAGAGCCGAGUGAGUUAUCGGGAGACCUUCGUGCCGCCUUCGCCAACGCAACUCGCGUUCCUGCCCCCAGCUGCGAGGCGACGGAGGUUGCUAGGCAUAAUGGAUGAGCAGCCGCCAACGCCAAGGGAGCUGAUGAGCGACGAAAAUGGUUCUACUAUUUCUCCCGAUACGGAUACAACUUAUCCGCUUUCAGCGGAGCAAGAAGCCUUCGCGAGCACGCAGGGAGCUGCUUUUGCUCGUGAAUAUGACGUUCUUGCGAGCACAAGUAGCACUGCAGAGAGAAAACUUACAGCCGAUGAUCCAGAGCAAGAACUGCCAGACUUGGAGGAAGAAAUAAGUCCACGCCGCCUCGCAGAAAUUCAGAUACUGAGCACGCCCUUCAGUGUGUGGGACACUCGCGUCCCCGCCACACAGCAGUCGCUCCCCGCAGUGCGAACGCGGCCGACGUUUAUGGAGUUCGGGCGCAGCGCACUGCCGUUGGCACUCACCGAAGAUGCCAGCAAUGCGGUGGACAACUUAUUCCAACUGGGGAAGGCGCACCUGUACGUGACGGAGCCCGCGGCGUCGCAGGCCAGCAACACGCUGGUCUUGGCCCCGCUCGGGAGCACGCUGUCAACGCAGCAAACGCAGAGCACGCACACCAUUACUGCGUCAUUGACGUUUUUGAACUACACGACCGCCGAGGUGGCUACGUUGAAGCUCCUCUACCACGAAGCCACGUACGAAACCUUGUGUGCGUCUCUAGUCUCUGGGACGGUUUAUGCGACCGCGGCUGUGUGCGUGUCGCAAACAACCGCAGUCACCACGUGGGCCCGCCUGCUGCGGAAUCUUCUGCUAGCGCCAGUAGAUCCUGCGGGGACCUCCACGGGUAAUACUGCAGAGCAGGAGGAGCCGGAGGAAGAGCGGCCGUUGCGGCGGCAGCUCACGACCGCCACGGCAACCACAGAGAUUACCAUCAGUGGGGGGAAUGCUCGUACCUCAGUUGCAGCUUUGGCUGUGAUGCGGACACUCGACGUAGCGGUGCUGCAGAAUGCAACCUUUGCGGCGUUAGAGACAAAACUUGGAGCCUUGAACAUAUCGACUUCUGGUACGUUGAUGAUCUUCCCUGUCGUCUUGAUGGCGCUUUCUUUUCGUAGAAACCCCGAUCGGACGGGGUGCGAUGGGAAUGAAAAGUUUCGAAACAUGUUGUUCUGGCUAUUUUCGUGUGUUAUUGCGGGCUGCCUAACACUAUUCGUAACCUUGUGCGGGUAGUUCUUUCAUCAGUUUUUAUCUGCAAUCUUCCUCUCAGGUCUCACGCUCAUCACAACUGGCAUCGUGUCGGCAACAAGCUUUGCGGCGGUCACAACCACUACCACUGUCGAACCUGUGGUCAAUGCCACAAAUGGCACAAACGGAACCAAUUUGACGGCGCUUCUUCGUCGAUUGCAGCUGGUUAACGAGGAAGAUCAGCCAGAGCAGAGACCGAAAACGACCGGUCUCCUUGCUAGUAGUUUCGAUGGCGAUCGCGCCGGUGUUGCGACGGAACCUUUGCCGGGAUCUUUGGAACCUACUUCGCCGUCGAGUACCGAAGAGGAGACUCCCUCCAACGAGAGCCCCGUCGUUGACUCCCAGCUGAUGCGAUCGCAACGAGGCGGACGUGCGCUGCAAAGUACUAGUUCAUCUUUGUCCUACACGGAGUCGGUUUACCCGUGCCCGAAUGACCGCGCUGCUGCCGUGCAGAAGAUGUUCGGAGAUUUUUUUGCGCAGUGCCGCACGUCCAUAGAGGACCUGCCCCUGCCGGAAGCGAGCGCCGAUCCCGAUUAUUUGCUGGACUCGACGGGCGCAAGCCUCUUCCUAACAGACCUACAGACCGCGCUCACCGCCAAGGACACAACGCUCGCCUACGCCCGGGCUUUUCUGUUCAACACUUUCUUUUACAACUCGAACGAGGAGGGGCUCGUUGUGUCGCGGCUUUUGUUCGACAUACGGAAUUCCGGCGGCGUGGGCCCCGUGUUGCAGGUGCAGUACCAGACGACGAAGGGCGCGUCAACCGGGCAGGUCAUUUUCAUCGUUUUCGCCACCAUCUUUUCGAUCGCGGUGUUUCUCCUGUCCCUGCGGCGGAUCGUGAAGCCGCACUUUAAGGAGGAGGCGGAACGAUUUUCGCUCUACUCGCACGGCCUGCAGCUCUUGCUGUUCAUCGUGCUGCUCACCUUCAUGAUCAUGUUCUUUUCCACCAGUCUGUGGGCCGUCGGCACCGACACGGCGGAGGAGCUGGCGCUGGAGAGAACCGGCGCCAACAGCACGACGAGUUCUUUGUCGAGUAGGAGAUUGGAAGAGGAGGAAGGGAUGUCGACUGGGGUUUUUGAUUCCAGCGAAGUAGGAAACCUCCCCACCGAACCGCGCGAGGGGGCGAACUCAGGCCUCGCUGCGUGGUUUUGGCGUAAAAUUGCUGGUCCACCAUACGGCCGAGAAAAUUACCAGUACGGAGCUAGUACUUUCGAUGGACCAAACAACGCCCGGCAGGAAAUAACCGAAAUUGUCACCAGUAGUUCAUCUUGGCAGAGCGAAUCGGUUUUGUCCUCGGGUGAUCAGUUUUUACCCGCUAGGGAAACAGAAACUUCUAUCGCGGAAAAAGGCUUGAAGGAUUCUGGAUCUUCUAUCGUCCGGUUACUACAGACCGGGAAUAGUACAACUACCACGUCCACAACAACGGCAAUUCCACUGACGGUGAGCGAGAAGAUCGCAGCGGCUUCCUCCGGGCAGUGGGGACUGCAGGCAACGCUGGUGAUUUUGCUUCUCUGCAUGAACACCCUGGCCCUGCGAUACUUCAUUGGUUUUUUUCCGCAACUGAAACUUGCGAAGAGCAUUCUUCUACGGGCUAUGCGGCCGCUUUUCUUUUCCACCUGCGCCUUCGUGAUCCUGCCAUUGCUGGGGACCGCCGUGCUACUGCUCUCGGCCUUUCACACGAGUCGCUACGCGGGGAGCCAGGGCUGGUUCGUGCUGAUGGCGGGCUGCCGCUUGCUAAGUAGUGAACAGGCGUUUUCUGGCGUAUUUGCGGGUCGCGACGACAAUCCCAACGCUGCGGCAGGCGCACUCAGUCGCAGCAAGAGUCACGCUGCUUCUGCGAGCGAGGUACCUCUCGCGUUGGCUACUACGAGCACGCUGGAAUUGCUGGUGCAAUUUUUCCUGUUCAUGGUCGUCUUCCUGUUCGGAGAACAGCUGCUUGUCGCAAUCAUGGUGAAUGGAAUGAAAGAGCUUUCGCUCCGCGAGAGCGCUGAAUUUCACUACGCUUGGCAAAACCAAGAUCCUCUGACUUUCAACCCAAGUAAACACUCAAGCAAGCCAAUGCUCUGUCAUCCAGUACACCCGGACGACUUUUACAUUGCUAAAGAGGAAGAGGAUCAUUAGAAGGUGCUGCAGCUGCAGUGAUGUAAUUCGAACGCGCCCUCUCCACGAGCGUGUUGCAAAAAAACGUUGCCUUGCGA